CAGACGUCGGAAGAGAACGCGGUUGUGAAACAAUGGAGGAAAACUGAGAAGUCCUCUGAGAAUCGAUCCUUGUAAUGUACUCUUCAAGACCUGCCAGUGACGCUUAAAUAAGAUUUUAUGAAAAAUCAAAGGAUACCGCACUGAAAACAAAAUCUUCCCUUCAAAAUGUUUGUAAACACAAAGUGCUGAAGUGUUCCCAGUGUUGUGGCCUUCCAGGCGAAAAUAUGACCCAAACCAAGCUUUUACAAGAUAUAGCCUAGCGUAGGCUGUCUGUCGGCGACUGGCGUACAUCAUCAGAUUGCGAAUUGUGGCUUUCUCAGUGUCAACAUCAACUCAUUUUUCAUCAAAAAUGCGAGAGUGAUUUGCUUACAUCCUGGCCAGCAAUAUGUCUGCAUCCGCGCAGGGUGAGGCUCCUGCUCCCCCAGCAGCCCCGGGGGCAGAGCCCAACCCAUACGCGCGGUUGCCAGAUUACCGACCAGACUUUACGGGGCUGCCUCCUGAUCCAGAAUUUUUGAAAGAACGUGAAGAGAUACGAUGGGAGCCUGGAAUGACACUCGAUGGAGAUUUGUUGAUGUAUUUACGGGCUGCCCGAUCUAUGGCAGCUUUUGCUGGCAUGUGUGAUGGGGGCUCCCCAGAUGAUGGUUGUGUUGCUGCCUCUAGAGAUGACACAACCAUCAAUGCCUUGGAUGUCCUCCAUGACUCAGGAUAUGAUCCUGGUAAAGCACUACAGGCGUUAGUAAAAUGUCCUGCACCCAGAGGCAUUGACAAGAAGUGGUGUGAAGAAGAGACCAAACGAUUUGUCAAAGGGCUUCGUCAAUUUGGCAAAAACUUCUUCAGGAUACGAAAAGACCUGCUUCCUCACAAAGAAACUCCUGAAUUAGUGGAAUAUUAUUAUUUGUGGAAAAAGACACCUGGAGCCAACAAUAAUAGACCACACCGACGGAGGAGAGCAGGAUCUCUGCGCCGGGCCAGAACUACUCGAAGUACACGCUCAGGAACUCCCAAGGAAGAGCAAGUUGAUGAAAGUGCCGGUGUUGUUGCAGCAGCAGGUGCACGGCCAUCACCCAAUCCUAAGGAGUCAGGUGAUGAGAAUUCUGGCAGUGAGGAGGAGAAUGAAGAUGAAGAUGAUUCUGAUUCUCGGGACAGGGAAAACUCAGAUCAGUGCCACCACUGUGCUCAGCGAACUACGGAUCUUGCUCCUGGUGGGACGAAAGAUCGACCACUACUUUGUGCAGACUGUCGCUCUCAUCUGAAAAAGUCUGGCGAACUUCCUCCCUUACCUCCCAAGGGAAAUGGAGAUAACAAUCGUAGUGAUGCCCCCUAUCUAUUUAGGCCUGUCCAGACUGAUAGUCCAGAUGGCUCUCCAAGCCGGAUGCGGACCAGAAACAAAAAUGCUGCCACUGCAAACGAGACUGGGACUCGGCCCUCCAGACCAAAGAGGAGUGGCACAUCUACACCUGACAGUGAAUUAGAAAAGAAAACUGGUUGCAAGAGCCCAGGAGCCUCAAGUUCUACCUCUGGAUCAGGUUCUCCAAGUGAUAAGGCUAAGAAAAAGAAAUUGGAAACACCAACCAAAGGAAAGAAAAGACCACCCAUUGAUUUGGAUGGGGACGAAGACAAGGACUUCAAACGCAAAAAGGGUGAAAGACCUGAGAGCCCCUCCGAAAGCCUAACUACUGACAGUGGUUCAGUGGCUGACGAUGCUGACAAUAAUGACAAUGAAGUAGAAGGAGGAGAUUCACAAGCUGAUAAUUCUGAUAAUAAGGCAGCAGUUAAAUUGGACCCUGACAGCAAAUCUGGAAUAAAAUUGGAGGAUGUGAAACCUUUAUUGGGCGAAAACAAGUCUGAUCUUCCACUGAAGGUGGAAGAUGUGAAGGACUCAGCAUUGCUCAACAUUAAGAAGGAGGAUGGUUUGAUAGGCUCGGUUCCAUCAGGUUUGAAUGUGGGUAUUACUGUGAUGCCUGUGUCCACAUCAACAGACAAUCACCCAUGUAAGGAAGACCCAGCAGUACCAAUUAAGCUUGAGCCAGGAUUGAAUCGAUCAGAAGAGGGACAGGUUCAAUUCACAACUCCUAAUCCGUUGCCCAAUCCAAAUCCCGUUACUGGACCUAAUUUGUUGCCUGGCCACAACUCUCUUCCGGUGUCCUUGCCAGGACAGAUGCCAGCACCUCUGCCUGGACAGAUGCCCGGUGUGCUACCUGGGUCAAUGAUUGGCCUCUCCCUUGGCCCACAGGGAACUCAAAUCAAUGGUACCCAAAGCCAAAGGUCAGGACAAUCAUCCCAAGGGCAGCAGCAGCAACAGCAGCAGCAGCAACAACAGCAACAGCAACCACCCCAACAGUCUUCGCAACAACCCAGCCAACAGUCUGGCCAGGCCAGUCAGCAGAGCCCACCCAGUGGACCCUCUGGUCCUUCAGGGCCUUCCGGUGGUCCCUCUGGCGGCCCUUCGGGUCCCCCGGGCCCACCCGGUCCACCAGGACCUCCGGGACCUCCUGGACCCCCCGGACCGCAGGGCCCACCCCCAGGACAGGGCCCGCGACCCACGUCACCCCUGCAGCAAGGACAGCAGUCCGGUCAGCAGCCUCCGUCCUCCCCGAGCCAGGCUGGCCAAGGCGACAACGGCAAGCCCACCGCCAACGGGCCCAGCAGCGGGCAGAGCAGCACUCAGGGCACGCCGGGGCACUCGCCUGGCGAGGCCCCCAACGGCAAGGCGCCGAGCCCUCAGGGACCACCUGGCACUCCAUCGGCCACCCCCGUGCAAGACGGUGCCCUCCCGCCCACACCGGGACAGGUGCAGCAACCCAGCCCUGCGCCCCAGGACGGCUCGGUGGACGGGCAGACCACAUCCCCCGAGAGCGCCAAGCCGAGCGACGCGGAGAAGUCUCCUCCGGAGGAGAAGGAGAAGCCGCCUCCACCAGGUCCCCCUGUUGGCGCACCUGGGCUCCCAGUCCCAGGGAUGCCUCCGGGACUCGGACUGCCGUCGAGACCAUCGCUGGCCAACAUGAUGGCCGCGCUUCCACCAGGACUCCAGGCUGGACUCCAAGCUGGGCUUCCGCCAGGACUACCAUCGAGCAUGACGGGCUCUCCGAGCUACCCUUUCCUCAACCCGGCUCAGCAGGCCCAGUACCAGCAGUACCUCCAACAACAAUGGGGUGGCGCAAGCAUUCCGCCUGGACCUGGAGGACCACCGCCCGGACUCGGAGCGCCUCCGGGUCCUGGCGCACCGGCCGCGCGUAGCAGCACUCCAACUUCCGGACCUUUAUCAGCCCCAGGAACUCCGGGUGCUCCCAGCACUCCGGGCGCCCCAGCUCCUGGAGGGCCGCCAACCCCCGGCAUCUUGGCUCCUAAUGGCAUUCCUCCUAGCCCCCUUCCCCCGGGGCCAUUGCCUCCCGGCGCUUUAGCUGCUGGUGGAAUGCCUCCAGGCGGCAUGCCCCCUGGCGGACUGCCUCCUGGUGCCUUGCCUCCAGGCGGUUUGCCCCCAAGCGGCUUGCCUCCAGGCAGCCUGCCACCAGGCUCACUGCCACCCGGAGCCGUUCCUCCGGGCGGCAUUCCCCCAUCUGGCCUGCCUCCGGGUCCUCUCCCUCCGGGUGCGUUGCCUCCGGGCGCUCUGCCUCCGGGCGGUCUGCCUCCAGGCCUCGUUCCCCCGAGCCUGAUGUCGGGAGCCAUGCCGGGUGCGGCGGCCACUCAAUCCGAGCCGCAGAACCUCAAGAUCAAACAGGAGAUCACGACACCCACGGAGCCCCUGCAGCUCACCCCCAUGUCCGACCCUCUCCAGUCCCUGAAGGACGUCAAGGUGCCGGGCUACACGGCGCCCCCGCUCGCCACGCUGGACUCCAUCAAAACGGAGCAGCCCGACCCGCCGUCGCAGCCGCACGCACCACCGCCCAAGACGCCGCCCAACAAGCCGCGCUCGGUGACACCCACCGACGCCUCCCGCCCGGUCAACACGCCCCCGUCGCUGCCGCGGGCGCCCUCGCGGCACACGCCGCCCGUGCACCACGGCCCGGGCAGUGCCAACCCCCCGACGUCCAUCCCCCAGCCCGUGAUGCACCCCUCGCAGCAGCCCUCGCCGCUCAACCGCAUGUCGCCGGCGCACCCGCUGGCGCACCCGCACGCCUUCGUGGCCCCCAUGCACCACCACCCGCUCAUGGGCCACCACCCGCUGCUGACGGCGGCCGCCCUGCACAACGCGGGCGUGCCCCACCCCUACGCCCACCCCGCCCACUACGGCGGCUACGGCUACCCCUUCCCUUACCCCUACCCCAUCCCGCAGCCCGUGCCCCCGCCUUCCAGGAUGCACGAACCGCCAAAGCCCCCGACACCUCGCGACGGGUACUCCGCGGAGAGCGCGGCGCUGAUCAACGCCCACAACCAACUUCGGAGGGAGUCUGCCGCCCAGGAGGAGGCGAACCAGGAGGCGGCCGCGGCGGCCGCAGCAGCAGCGCACCACGGCGCUCACGGCGGCCACGGCGGCCACCACGGCGCGCCCGGCGGCCACAACAAGAUGCCCCUGUCACACUCCGGCAGCUCCAGCCAACACAAGUCGUCCAACAAGCGGCCGGCCAGCCCCGGCGGGCCGCCCACCUCGGCCCCGCACGUGACGGGCAGCAUGUCGCAGACCUCGGCCUCCAUCGUGCAGAGCGGGCACGGCGCGCACCACCACCCACACCACCUGCACUCCUCGCCCUCCCCGGGCAACAAGAUCCACCACCCGCUUCCGUCCCACCUCCAGGGCCACGCCGGCCACCCGGGGCAUCCGGGUCACCCCGGCCACCCCGCCUUCGCGCCGAUCCAGGGCUCUUCCUUGGACGCCCUCCGCGCUCACGCUCAGGCCGCCGCCAACAUGCAGCAGCAGCACGGGGGUCCGCACCGUCACGACGACGGUCUCAAGCCCGACGACGGAGACCACGGAGAGGAGGAGGAAGUGCCAAGCCCCACUCACAUUCCGCGAGGACCCAGCCCCGAACCCAAGAUCGAGGACUCCGAGUGCCACCGAAGUCAAAGUGCCAUUUUCUUGAAACACUGGAACCGCGGCGAUUUCAACUCGUGCUGUCGUACCGACUUGACAUUCAAACCUGUUCCUGACUCUAAACUCGCCAGAAAACGAGAAGAGAAGCUUAGAAAACAGGCAGAAAAGGAGAGAGAAGAGAGGGAAAAGGCUGAGGCGAGGAAGAACGCGACACCUGAAAAACCUGAUGGUAAACCUCCCUCUAGAGGACCCAUUGACACUGUGACACCUCCGUAUGAUAGAUUUGGACCUCGCCCUGGUUAUCCAGAUACGCCUGCUCUCCGACAGCUGAGUGAGUAUGCCCGACCACAUGCAGGAUUUUCUCCUGGAGCUCUGCAGCGCUCAGCUGCCAUGGGCAUUCCUCCACAUUGUAUGGAUCCCAUCAUGCAAUAUCAGCUGAACAUGUAUGCACCUGGAGCAAGGGAAAGAAUGGAACUAGAAGAAUUGGAUCGCCAAAAACGUGAGAGAGAACUAAGAGAAUUGAGAGAAAGAGAGUUGAAUGAUCGACUUAAAGAGGAAAUUAUGAAGAAUGCUGCUGCUGGGGCUGGUGGUCCUAGACUUCCUGGACAACUAGAUCCUCAUUGGUUAGAACUUCACCGACGGUAUACCAGCUUAGGGCCUGGAGGACCUCCUCAAGGACCUGCAUCUUUACAUCAGUUUGGCCUCUAUCAACCUCAGGGUCCAGGUGGAUUGCCAAGCACACUCAGCAAUAGCCUCAACCAGUUGGAGCGAGAAAGACUUGAACGACUAGGAUUCCCUGGCCACGGCGGGACAGGGCCCCCAGGCCAAGGUCCCACACCUGGCCGGCCAACCAGUACAGGUCCCCCAGCUCCUGGGCCACCCCCGGGCUCUGGGUCCCACCACAACGCCAGGGCCACCCCCGGCUCCGCCCCCGGCCCUGGCCCCAGCCCCGCCCCCGUGCUCCCCCUGGGGCCGGGGUCCAUGGGCGCUGCCGCUGCCGCCGCUGCCAUGGGCCUGGGCGCCCAACUGGAGGCAGCGCAGGCGGCCGAGAGGCUGGCGCUCGCCGCCGACCCCAUGGUGCGGCUGCGGCUGGCCGGCAUCUCGCCCGAGUACCACGCCCACUCGCACGCCCACUCACACACGCACGCCCACUCCCACACGCACCUGCACCUGCACCAGGCCCAGCAGGAGGCCGCCGCGGCCGCCGCGGGAUUCCCCCUGUCAGCCACUGCUGGUUAUCCUCGGUCAAGCCUGAUGCAACAACAGCGUGAUGCUAUGGGAAUGCACCAUCCCAGUGACGUUUUGAAUCGACAAUAUGCAGAUCAACUAGUUCAUCAGCAGGUGGCAGCACAUGAACAGCUCCAGAGACAGUUAAUGAUGGAGCGGGAUGCAAGAUUUCCUCACCCCAUGGUUCAUGAUGAAUACAUGAGGCAACAACGUGAGCGUGAGUUAAAAGUGAGAGCUUUAGAAGAAGCUGCUCGUGGAUCUCGUCCUUAAAUCACUUGACUGUUGAUUCAGCAUGUCUUGAAGUGUAUCAAUACAAUCCCUGCUUGUGCGUCAUCGCUCAACAUAUUUAUAUAGUACUCUUAGAGCAUAUAUAAGUUGCUUUUAUAUAAAUCACGUUAUCUCUAGAUUCUUUUUUAUUAUAGAAAUGUACAGUAAAUAUUAAUCUAUCUGUGUAACUAUUUAAUUUAAUUUUGAACAUAUGUGUGAGUAGGUAAAUCCCUAAUUUAAGAUUUUAUUAUUAACUAACAAAUAAUCAUAGACUGGUGUACAAAUGAAAUGUAAUCAUGGUAAAUAAGCUAUUAUUGUAUUGUGACAAUGGGACACAAAUACUUUUCCUUGCUAUUGUGACAAUUCUUUGCUUUCCUGUUGUAAUAUGAGUUAAACCCAGGUAGCUAUAAAUAUUCUAUGUAAACAAAUGAAAUUCAAGAUCUGAUGAUAGCAGACUGCCAUUUAUGGGUCAUCAUCUCUUAAUUGUUCAUCUCUGUAAAUCAGUAUUGUGCUUGUCUCAGUUUUAUCAUUGCUGAUAGUAUGUGUGGUGAUUGCAACUGCAUAUCAGUAUCAUGAUAUUUUAUUUAAUGUUGUAUUUUGUUUUUCUUCAAUUAACUGAAGAAAAAACGCCUGUUUGAGUUACUCAAUCAUGUUUAGUCAAUUUGUCAAAAUGUGUUCCUUUCUGUGUAAAUGAUGUACACACUCACUUCUUGGUGGUUACCUAAGUUAGGGCAUUUUUCCUUUGUUGUUUACUUUUUAAAGAGACAGAAGAUCCAAACAAGCUUGUACCAACGAUGCAAGGUUUUAUAUUGUUAUCCAUAUUGACCUAAAAGUUAUAGAGAUUGGUUUCAAAAUGAAUUAACUUCACUUGUGGGCACAGUUAAUCAAUGAGAGCUGUAGUGUUAUUGUCUUUUAACAGAUUGUUGGUUUUUUAACAAAUAUGCGCACAUAAUCAUUUGGUUUUUAUGAACACUGACAGAUUGUUUUCUUUAUUUAUGUUUUUAUACAUAUUUUUCUUUGCUGGCGGGCCAGCAUUCAUCCUUAAAUUAUACUCAGCUCAUUUGAAGAAAACCCAAGGAAGCCUUGAUCUCUCACAUGAGUGCUAAGAAUGUGAGUUUGUAUGUAUGAUUGUGUGUGUGUUCGUGUUUGCUGUGUGUGUGUGUAAUCCUACUCACUGCUUUUGUGAAGAUGUGUGUCUUAUCAUGAGCCCACUCCUAGGUGCUUUUUUCCAUUUUUUCACUUCAAUCUUUCCUGUUGCUUGCACUGUUUUUCAAAUACUAUAUUCAUAGAAGUAAGAAUCCAUUCAAUGAGGACGUUGGCUGAACUAUUGAAUAAUAUCAAUAUCUCUCCUGCCAAAUUAUUUAAUGAAAUGAAAGAAAGUGUUUUGUUUGCAAUUUUGUGCUGAAAGCUUGAUUAAUGCCUGGGGGACUUUCAUUCUUCAUUUGCGUCACUAUCUGUUAAAAGAUAAUUGGCAAAUACCCUGGCAGUAAGAGCUAGCAGCUUUGGGCACAGCCACGUUAGUAAUUUUGUAUAUAUAUUUGCAGAAUAUGUAUAUAUCUUGAGUGGGCUCGCUGACACUAUCUCCACCUAGCAGGUGACUGAUGGACACCAGACAUAGAGGUACUGGAUCAGCAGUGCUAAGUUCAAAGCUGCAUGUAAGCUAUUAAGUUAUGAUGAGAAGGCUUUGUGGACCCAGUACUUCAUUAUCUGGUUGAUGGACUGACUGUAAUUUUGUACCGAGGGACAGGUGUACCACCUUCACCCUGUUUCUCGGCAGCCAUCCCAGUGUUGGUGUUUUUAGAUAAUAAACAUUCUUCUCUCUGGGUGUCAAA